CUUCAGAUGUCAUGAGUUUGUUAUUAAGAAAUCAAAAAAUUUCAAAAUAACACUUAAAAAGCAAAACAUGAUUCAAGUCAUUCAGCUUGAUCGAAAAUACAUGUAACUUCGAGUGAUUUUAAUCAACGCUACCAAAAACUCCGAAUUUAAAUGUUGUAUCGAUACUGUACUGCACUGAAAAUAUGCCAUUCAUUGAAAAGGGUACAUAAAUAGAUCUAAACAUGAGUCAGAAUCUGGAACCAACAAUGUUUAGGAUCCUGUGAAGAGCGGUCAUUGCAUAUGGAACCAAGAAGAAACUGCGUUUAGUACCUUAAAGCCUAUUCUGGUACGGCCUACAAUAUGAAACGGCAUGCACAGAAAAUAGUACUUCUCAAUUGCAGACGAUUUUGUCACGGAUGCUGAGAGUUCAUACAAUAUUCAACAUUUUCAUUUAAGAAUCCAAUUAUUUGCAAUGUUUUGUUUGAAAUUGUCGUUGAAAGAAUGAGUUGAUAAUUUGUGCUGCGUUGGGACAUCUUUACUUCAAUGAUGGCUGGCGUUAUAGACUUGAGUCAGAUCUUCUCAGAAAAACAUGAAAAUGAUCGUGCAAUAAACAUGAACAAGAUGAAAAGUAAAGAAAAAGCUCAAAGUGCCAGACAAUAUUUUGAUGUGCCAGAAGCGCCAGUGUUUACAGACAUUCCUGAUUUUGGUACAUUGCUUAACAGUGAUGGCAAGAAUAGCUUGCUUGACCUACAACCAUCACAGUGGAUGCCACCUACACAAGCUUCACAAAUAGGGAGAAAGGAUUUAAGCAAUACCAGUGGCCAAGCACUAUAUAGAAAAACUGUAUCAGAGAAGGGCGAUUGUGAUGAUAUAUUUUUGGGCUCCCAGUUUCCACUUGUUCACAACAUCGGAUCAUCACAAGUUCCAAUGUCCACAGAAAGGCAAGUCUGGAAUGUUCAUUGUUUAGAAGCUGCUUCACAGAGAUCAAACCAAGGUCAUUCAAAGUCCAACAUAAAGAAACAACCAAAUAAAACCAGAGUUUAUGUUGCACCUAGGACUGGAGAACAAGCUGAAAAAAGAAGAAACGGAUUGUUUCUAUCUAAUAGUAACAGAAAUAGUUUUCUGAAAAUGGGUACCGGUAUUCCUCAGCCAUCAGAUAACAGAGGUAAUGCACACUUUGGACACAGUGGUGGACAUUCAGGGAGAAAAAUAAUUUCUCCACUUGUAGCAGAGGUGGAGAAUGACAGUCAGGAGGAUUUAUUUGAGGAUUCUAUGUCUAAUACUGCAAGGUUUGAUACCCAAGUUACUGGCAAUAGAGGAAGGAAGCAAUUAAAGCAGUGCUUAACACCAGCUGGGAGGACACCAAGAGACCAGCUUUACACACCGGGCUUAGUGGCAGUUCCUCUUGAUCAAUACAGAAUGGGAAUAAAACUAAAACCAGUCACUGAAAUACAUAUCCUUUAUAUUGUAGCGACUGAAAAUUACAGAAGAAUAUUUAACUACGCUCAUUUCAACAUUGUACAGUCUAAAGUAUUUGAUGAUGUGAUGUACACAGACAAAUGUUUAGUUUUAUGUUCUCCCACUGGGUCUGGAAAGACGGCUGUAUUUGAGAUGGCUAUAGUUAGACUCCUCAUCAGAUCUGAUACAAAUUUCAGUAGAAAUUUUAAAAUAGUUUAUAUGGCACCUAUAAAAGCCCUUUGUAGUGAGAAAUUCAGCGACUGGAAGACUAAGUUUGAACCAUAUGGUUUGAAGAUAAUGGAACUUACUGGGGACACUGACACUGAUGAAUUCUAUGAGCUUCAGAGUGUUAACAUCAUUCUUACCACACCAGAGAAAUGGGACAGUAUGACCAGAAAGUGGAGAGACAAUAAAACUGUGAUGAAUGCCAUCUGUCUUUUCCUCAUUGAUGAAAUCCAUAUAUUAAAUGACCCUACAAGAGGUUCUGUGGUAGAAGCUGUAGCUAGUAGAAUGAAGACGAUACAGGCAGCUAGACACAGGUCUAAAGGUACAUCAGAUCUCCCAGCACUCAGAUUUUUAGCUAUUUCUGCUACUAUCACCAACAUAGAGGAUUUGGCAGAAUGGCUUGGACAUGGUAAAGUCCCUGCAGUUCAUUAUAAAAUGGAUGACAGUGUUCGGCCAGUAAGGCUGAGGAAGGUUGUUCUGGGAUACCACUUUGCUGAGAACAAGCAGUCAGAAUUUCAGUUUGAUAUAUCCCUCAGUUAUAAACUUGCUGCUGUUAUAAAUACUUAUAGUGAUAGUAAACCUGUUCUGAUCUUUUGUGCAACAAGAAAGAGUUCCAUGCAAGGUGCGGAGAUACUCAGUAAAGAUGUUAAAAGUUUAUAUGUCAGAAAUUCAGAGCACAGACUUGCAUUACAGAACAUGUCAUUCCAUAUCAAAGACUCUAAACUGAGAGAUUUGGUUGUGAAGGGGAUAGGGUACCAUCAUGCAGGGAUGGAUGUUCAGGAUAGAAAACUUAUUGAAGAAACCUUUGCAAAAGGAGAAUUACCAGUUCUGGUGGCCACCAGUACCCUAGCCAUGGGUGUGAAUCUCCCUGCUCAUCUUGUAAUAAUCAAAUCAACUAUGUACUACAACAUGGGCUCACACCAGGAGUACCCUGAUACCCAGGUGCUGCAGAUGAUAGGUCGGGCUGGCAGACCACAGUUUGAUACAAGUGCCACUGCUGUUAUCAUGACAAAAAACUCAACCAAGAUGAAGUAUGAGAAUUUGUUGAAUGGUACACAGUUGAUAGAGAGCAGUCUACAUAAGAACCUGGUUGAACAUUUGAAUGCUGAGAUAGUCCUCAACACUAUUACUGAUAUCUCUGUGGCUGUAGAAUGGCUCAAAUAUACUUUCCUGUAUAUUAGAGUCAUGAAAAAUCCUACAUACUAUGGAAUGCCAAGUGGUCUUACAAGGCAGUCAAUUGAGAAAAGAUUACAAGAUUUGUGUAUGAAGAGUUUAAAUCAGUUGAAUAAGCUUAGCCUUAUACAGAUGAAUGAAGAGAACAUGGAUGUUAGACCCACAGAGAGUGGUCGUUUGAUGGCAAGAUACUGUAUAUCUUACAAGACUGCUGAACUUUUUCUAGCAUUCAAGGGAGAUGAAUCUUUACAAGAUAUGCUAAGUAUAAUCAGUAAAUGCCAGGAGUUCGAUGACAUUAAAUUGAGGAAUAAUGAGAAGAAAACAUUAAAUACUCUAAAUAAAGACAAGAACAGAAUCACUAUAAGAUAUCCAAUGACUGGGAAAAUAAAGACAACUGAUAUGAAGGUGAACUGUUUAAUCCAGGCAACAUUUGGAAGUCUUCUGAUCCAAGAUUUUGCCUUGCAACAAGAUACAAACAGAAUAUUCAGGGCAGGAAUUCGAGUCACGAGGUGUUUGGUGGAGUUUCUUUCACAGAAGAGUCAAUUUAAGUGUUUGCUGAGUGCCCUGUUACUGUGUAAAAGUUUUAAAGCAAGACUGUGGGAAGAUUCCAAGUAUGUCAGUAAACAGCUUGAUGGAAUAGGUCCUACAUUGUCAACAGCACUUGUCAAUGCUGGUUUGACAACUUUUGAGAAAUUGGAAGAGAAGGAUCCAAGAGAGAUAGAACUGAUUGUAAACAGACACCCACCAUUUGGUAACCAAGUUAAAGAUAACAUUGCAAAGCUUCCCAAGUAUGAACUUGUAAUUGAACAGGUGAUGAGGUACAGUGUAAAUACAGCAGAUAUUGUUAUCACCCUCCAGAUAACAAAUAGAGAGGCAUUGACCAAUAGUACAGGCCAUACAUGUACAUUGCUUGUUGGAGAUGCCGAUAAUAAAGUGAUAUUUAAACAGAGAAUAAUGGAUGCUCUGUUGUUGAAAGAGAUAUGUUGGACUAAGAAACUGGAGGUGAAGAGGGCAGAUAAAGGACCAGACUUGUCUGUACAUUAUAUCAGCCAAGACUGGGUGGGACUAGAUGUUGAGUGUACAUACACACCAAACUACCUUGGAGGUAAUAGAAUGACCUCAUCGAACAUUGGAAACCAACAGACAAAAGGAGAAGUUAACCCAGGCAACAUGUCACUUUCCAACAACCAGCCUUGUCUGCAUACAUGCCAUAACAAGCAGAUGUGUGCCCAUGAAUGCUGCAAGAAUGGGGUGUCAUCAAAACGUAGAAAUACUGCCAACCAGGCUACUCCUAAACCAGCAUCAACAAAACAAGUGGCCAGCCAUUUACAGGAACUUAAGAACAGAGCAGCAACAUUACCCUCUACACCAUCCGUAAACAAGAGAAUUAGAUUAGAGGUAUUCACUAGGUUAUUUAACCAUUACUUUGCUGGAAUGGAAAAUGAUCAGCAUUUGCCACCAGUAUUGAGCCAGACCAUUGUUUAUAUCUGUGCAGUCUGA